AUGCCUGGACAACUUAAUGGAGAAGAGCCUCCUCCCCAGCCGCCAUCCCAGCCGCCACAAACUGAGAUAGAUAGAUCAACGUCUACGGAAGGCAUCCUAGGGCAGCCCGACAUAGCACCAUGGCCCAUUUCACGAUCCUCCCCUGCUCAUGAUAACAAUAGAAUCUCUAUAAGUCAACUCUUAACAGAUGGUACGGAGAACAAUGACAAGGAAACCAACGGCAUCGAUAAUUCCUCUCCUCGUCCUCAGUCUUCCUCAGGCCAUGUAGACGUGGGUACAUUGACACCCUCCGAUUAUCCAUUUGGGAUGGAGAAUACCACGUCUAUGGAAGACCUCCUAGGGCAGCCAGGAGGAAUUGAAAGGAACAAUAAUGCCACAAACCUCCCAGGAGGAGAAGAGAGAGACCAGCAGCAGCCUCCUCGAACUCCCCCAAGCACCCCUACUGGGAUUGAUUUAGGCCAAGGCGAGUCUAGCAAUCCUAAAGUUAUUAACUUCAAACCUAACGACAACUAA